GGUGGAUAGCAGAGUGCAGGAUGGAUUGGAGGCGGCAGGAAGUCUGCGUGGAGGCUGGGAGGCCUGGCGGACAUGGUCAGAAGUCAGGGUUCGUAGAAGUCGGAAAGCGUGGAAGCGGACUGGAGCCCUCUGACUGCAAGUCCAGCCUGCCGGUCAUCGUACCAAGGACCCCCCAUCUAACUGCACAGUGAUUCCCCAGUGCAGUCGUUUGGUUGGGAGACAGUGGCAGCACUUGAGCGCGCCCCCUCCCCCCCCCGCCCCGAGAAUGCGCUGGUAUUGUUUAACAAGUAUGUGUACCCAGAAAGAAAAGGAAACUAACGGACUCCCUCGGGCAUGUAUCACAAGAAUUAUAUUGGGAACUGGAAGCUAGAGAUUUGUUACAGACUGUCAUGCAGUAACAGAAAGAUGUAUAGGAACAAGGUAAGAAGGGCAGUGAUUAGUAAUAGCAGAUCACACAGAAGGGUGCAGUGCAUGAAUAUGUGCAAAAUUACAGGUUAUAUUUAGUAGAUAUUAGGUCGUCUUAAAAGGAACCCUAUUAUAUACCCAACAAGCUUGUGCCAGUCACCUACCACAUGAGUCCUUCCUCACACAGAGGAAGAGUUGUUGGAGUAAUAGGGAGCUAGUUGCAGGCCCUGCCAGGAGUGAACAGAGAAUCAGAAGUGAUGGUGCAGAUGCUCCAGUAGUGGUUUUGGGCUUGUACAUUUUCAUGGAAGGGUACACUUACCAGGAAUGGUCAUCUUGU